UUCUUCUUUUUCGCAAAUCAAUCUGGCACCGUCUUCGAUGGAAUUUCGUCAGGAUGCAACUUGGCGCUAUCAGCCCCCGUCCCGGAAUGCCCGCGAGAGCUCUUGAACCUCCUCGGAGGUGGCAGCUAUCACACAGUACUCAACGAGACUGUCAUGGGCGUUCUUUGUAGAUCCGAAUGCUCUCCUGCAUUGGCGACUUACAGGAGCAAUGUCGUUUCACAAUGCGCCAAAGACCCUCAGCCUAGAAGUGGCUAUCCGUCAACCUACUGGGUUGACUCCGUUACUGCUGUCCGAACGCAAAUGUGUCUGAAAGACUCCAAGACUGGGGAAUAUUGUACUCAGUAUCUCGAACGAGUUCUCGGUGAUGCCACAAGCCCAGCAGAUCUGCUCGGCGGAUACUCAACUGCCCAGCUCUGCUCCGAGUGUCUGGUGAACCUAUUCCGCCACCAACAGUCAACCCCCUACUCUAACUACGACCCUGAGAUGGCUCAAGCUUGGGCCGCUAUUCAGUCAAAAUGCAGUCUUAGUCUCCCAACAUCAACUCAGACACUGAAGACGAAUGUGACUUCACUGGGGAACUAUGCUCCGCCCGGUUAUGCGACUGCAGUUUGUGUUGCAGGCCGUACGUACACGGUGGCUGCCGGUGACAAUUGUAUUGAUAUCUCGAAGAAGAGCGGCGUUUCCACAGGCUCGUUGAUCACACUGAACAGCCUGCGGAUGGACUGCACGAACAUCUUUGCCGGUCAAAGCCUCUGCCUCCCGCCGAGUUGCGCUAGCUACGUGGUUCAAACCGGCGACAAUUGUUUGAAGGUCGCCACGCAGUUCAAUACGACCUACCAGCAAGUCAUCGCUUGGAAUCCAACUGUUGAUAGUUACUGCACCAACUUGAUCGCAGGCCAGAAUAUCUGCGUUGGACCUCCAGGUGGUGUUCUCAACUUCACCACGAUCCCAGGUGCAACUGUAACUAAGACUGCGGUCUAUGCGACCGCUACGGCUGAUAGACCAGCGCCUGUCGCGAGUGGAACCACCACCAAGUGUGGCAAGUACUACAAGGUUCAGCUGGGCGACUAUUGUGAGCUUGUGGCCUUGAACCAGACAGUUUCGUUGGAUCUAUUCCGUGGGAUGAAUCCCCAGAUCAACGUUGGCUGCACCAACUUACAGGCCAAUGUGUUCUAUUGCGUGCUGCCUACCCAAGACUGGAACACCACAGCGACUUCAACCACCGUCCCGGCUCCAACGUCUACACCUCCUGGAACAACAGACAAGUGCUAUGAGUGGUACGUGAUUCAGUCCGGAGACUACUGCGCCAAAGUGCAGGAUAAGUUCGGAAUUUCCUUCGAGCAGUUUCGUGGAUGGAACCCUGCAAUCGCAAGUGACUGCUCCAAUCUGCAGCUGGGGGUAGCAUACUGUGUCCACGGCGCUGCUUCCCUGGCAGCACGGGCGACUGAUGAUGUCAGCAGCCAGUCUGACCUCAACGAGGUAGCUCACUAUCGAAGGAAUGGAGUCGGACCUGUUGAGACGGGGGUGCCUAGGACCGAGGGCGGAGGUGUUGCUAUUGGGUGGCCUGGUGUGGACUCUCCAAGACUGAGAAGGGCAAUGGGAUUGUCAGAGAAAAUGGAGUUGUAA